AUUUUUAAAGUAAAGUGGCAUGUUUUUUGUCGGGUUUAUUUUAUUAAUUGGUGUUGAUUUAGUGUUAACAUCUAAGGUUCUAAAUAAAGAAAUAUUUAAUCUAAUUUCCAUUAAACCAACUUAUCACACAGGACACUUGCAAUAAUGAAUGGUUUCCAUACUUCGGACUAUACCAUCCUGUUGGCAGACUGCCAAGACAGUGUCUAGACUAGGUCUGCCCUUACUGACUCGGGUAGGAAUGGCAGACACGGCUUGUAGUCCUACAGAUGAGAAGAAACUCAAAAUACUUGUGACUCGACCCGACUAUCCAGCAAAUGGAAUGGAAUUGUUGGAGAAAAAGUUUGACCUAGAAAUUUUGAGCAAAGGGAAAGCGACAGCAAGCAAAGAAGAUAUCAUUCAAGGAAUCAAAGGAAAGAGUGCAAUUUUCUGUUGUUUGAAUGAUAAAAUUGACAAGGAUGUUUUGAAAGCUGCAGGGCCAUCACUGCGGGUGGUCAGCACUAUGUCAGUGGGAGUGGAGCAUAUAGACAUCGAUGAAUGCAGGAAAUUGUCCAUCAAGGUUGGAUACACUCCCUACGUGCUUACGGAGGCAACUGCGGAACUAACGAUAGCCCUUCUACUGGCCACUUCUAGACGACUUUUCGAGGCCCACUCACAGCUACGGACGGGUGGCUGGACCUCAUGGGCACCGGUGUGGAUGUGUGGUCCAGCCCUCAAGGGUUCUACUGUUGGACUUGUUGGCUUUGGGCGUGUUGGCCAGGAGGUGGCACGCAAAGUGAAAGCCUUCAAUGUUGCCAAAAUCUUGUACACAGAUUCUGGGAAAAAGCCAAAAAAUGAAGUGGCAACAGAGUUAGGGGCUCAGAGAGUAGAGCUGGAGGAGUUGCUGAAGACCGCGGACUUUGUCAUCGCUAUUUGCAGUCUCAACCCGAAGACUCAAGGGAUGUUCUCUGCCCAGCGCUUCUCCCUCAUGAAACCUACCGCUAUCUUCAUCAAUACUGGCAGAGGAGGCCUGGUAGACCAUGAUGCUCUGUAUGCAGCUCUCAAAAACAACAAAUUGUGGGCAGCUGGUCUGGACGUGAUGACCCCAGAGCCCCUCCCCACAAACCACCCAUUACUCGAACUACCCAAUUGUGUUCUCCUGCCGCACAUCGGCAGUGCCACCUACCAGUCCCGUAUGACAAUGUGCGAACUGACAGCCAAGAACAUUAUUGCAGUUCUCGAAGAUCGAACAAUGCCUGCUGAGUAUAUUUAACAAACGGGACUUUCAUCGUUUUGCAUUUAUUUGUAACCAUAUCAAAACCGUCUGACUGAUCACAAGAAGCCUUUUUGUGUAAAAAGCUUUAUCUCAAAGUGCCACUAUGUAAAGUAUUUAGUAGAGAGCUUUCAAUAGACAUAGUGUUUAGUUCUGUUCAAAUUUCAUGCUUAAUCCAAAUGAUUGCAUUGAUAAUUUUCGUCAAUGACUCAAUGGAAUGUGAUGCUUCCAUAGAAAGUAAUAAAUUGUAGACACAAUACAAUAAUAGUAGAUUACCUGCUAACAAAUUAGAUUCAUAUUUUGUUAUCAUCGUUUGGUUAUUUUAUAUUAUUGAAUUUCGUUUAAUUUGAAUAAUAAAUAGUUUAAAAUUGUUAAUAAA